CGACUGUCAUGGGUCCAUGAGUAAGUGAAGCAUUUGUGUGGAAGGCAAGAGCAAGAGAAGCGAGAGCAAUGAAACAGAAGUGUUAAUUACUCUCCAAUGGUUACCUAUAGCACUGUCGAAUCGAAUAAAGAUGUCUGGAAGUAGUGAUUCUGAGGAGUUUUUCGACGCAGAGGAUGACACUUCGCAUCGCAGUUCACGGAAAUCUCGAUCCCGGGAUACAACAGCGACUGAUUUACAGUCAGCAAGUAUAUCCAAUGGCAACAAACAGCUAAUCGACGACGUCUUUGUCAAACCUGCAGACCCUAAGCCGAUAGAAGAACCCAAAAAUGGUGCUGAAACUGAACAGAAACAAAAGUUGCACAAACCAGAGGAGGACUGGAAAGGUAGUGGCGUCGACAAAAUUAUUGGCAGGCGACGAUUUCGCGAACUAAGGCAGCGUAUGCAAACUGAGGAUGACGAUAUUCCAAUAAACAAUUCACCUCCUGAUAGCCAAACCUCUUCAAUAGAAGGAGUUUAUCCUGCACCUUCCAAAGUCUCUCAUCCGUUCAGAAUAAUAGAACACGAUACCCUUAGUUUACAAAGUAUGACUUCAUUGGGGCGUGUCGGUCGAAUUUUGAGUGGCGUGUCAGACAAUUCUUCUGGAGUAGUUUCCCUUAAUUUACCACAAUAUCCCAUUGCUUCAACCGCCCAGGAGCCACAAAUUCCCCCAGUCGUUAGCAUUCCGAGUAAAGAGGAUGAUACUGCCUCUGGUAAGGUAUCCCAAUCCUCUAGUAUUCUAACUUUAUCGGGAGACAACCUUAACGAUAACGAGUCCUCUAUCAACAUUAGGCCAGAUUAUUCUCCAUCCUCACAAGGUAAUAUGCCUGUCAUGUUCCAAGAACCUGAUGUUAUUGCCAGUACCAAGAAUAAUGGGAAACCUAUCGAGAGCUUACAGGAUUUGCCCCCUCCUUCAAUGCCUGUUGCACCACCACGACGCAAAAAGAAAUCAAAACCUCAGACACCUACAGAUCUUACUCCACCCGUUAUUGAAGAACUCAUUCCUGCCUCACCACUGCCUAGCCCAGCGUCUACCAUAGAGUCCAUUACCAGAGAAUUUGAGCACUCUCUCGAUAUUCGUUCAGCUAUCAAAGGACAAUAUGUUGUCAAACCUCAGGACGAAGAUAAGUCAAAGGCUGAAGGCCCAUCUGCUGAGGAAUUAGCAAGAGUGGAACGAAUGAAGGCUGAAAUAAUGAGCAUACGUUCUAGCGAGAUGUCAAAUAGUCCACUUGGGUCUGUGUCGAGUAAUAGUAUAGGACGUAGUUCACUGGGUCCACAUCGGCUAACUGGUUUUCUUGCGCAAGGUUCAAGAGAAAGACGUAGAUCUGCCGGUGAUCAAGAUAUGAUAAAACAGCUGAACAUGGUUGUCCGAACAAGAACUGACUCUGGAAAACGUCUCACGGAUAUGGAAAUUCUGGAACAGGUAUCUGUGUUGAACUUGGACACUGGAGAGAGGGUUCCACUGAGCAUUGCUGAAGACAAGUUGCCACAAUGUAUGGAUCCGUUAUCUCUGCAAAUAAUGAGAAUAACAUCGGAGUACAUCAGCAGUGUAAACUCAGAAAAAGAAAAAGAGAGCGAUGAAGAAAGUGUUGAUAGCAAGAUGUCUAGCAUACCUCCUGAUGAAGAUGUGGCAGUGGGACGAGUACGAAAGAAAACCCAGAAGCUCAAACGUUUUUUCGGAUCUACUGUAAAAAAGACAAUGGAUAAAGCAAAGUCUAUAGCUCAAGAAGUAUCACAUGCAAGACAUAAAGAAGAUAUUAUGGAUAUAGUUGAUGACGUUUACCCUGGAGAACAACAAUACAUCAAAUUGAAAGCUUCGAAUAGUCAUAAAGGUCCGUACGAAUUCGACAAUAUACAACAUGUUCAAGACCUAAGCGGAGAACACGUUGGUCCAGUUUGGUGCAUGAAAUUUUCUGCUUGCGGACGAUUGCUCGCUACGGCAGGUCAGGAUCGGGUAUUGAGAAUAUGGGUACUCAGAGACGCCUUUGCUUAUUUCCAAGACAUGCGGACUAAGUAUAAUGCUGAAAAGGUUAGUCCAACUCCAUCACAAGAAUCGCUAGUUUCUCAGCAGUCUGUGGAUGAUCCAAAUGUCAUGGCUAGUAUGAAUAGCGAUUCUGAUAGCGCCAAGACCCCGUUCAUGCCAAAACCCUUCUGCACAUACACAGGCCACACCUCAGAUCUCCUUGACGUAUCGUGGUCUAAGAAUUACUUCGUCUUGUCGUCGUCAAUGGAUAAAACUGUGCGACUCUGGCACAUAUCAAGAAAGGAAUGUUUAUGCUGUUUUCAACACAUUGAUUUUGUUACCGCUAUAGUAUUCCACCCUAGAGAUGAUAGAUAUUUUCUCUCAGGAUCAUUAGACGGUAAACUUCGCCUUUGGAAUAUUCCUGACAAAAAAGUUGCAGUUUGGAACGAGGUUGAUGGCCAAACAAAAUUAAUAACUGCAGCAAAUUUCUGUCAGAAUGGAAAGUUUGCCGUAGUUGGGUCCUAUGACGGCAGGUGCAUAUUCUACAACACAGAGCAAUUGAAAUAUCAUACACAAAUUCACGUGCGUUCAACUAGAGGGAAAAAUUCAACUGGUAGAAAAAUCAGCGGCAUUGAACCAAUGCCUGGUGAAGAUACCAUUUUGGUAACUUCAAACGACAGUCGUAUUCGACUGUAUGAUUUGAGGGAUUUAAAUCUUUCCUGCAAAUACAAGGGGUAUGUAAAUGUUAGUAGUCAGAUAAAAGCAAGUUUCAGUCCCGAUGGGCAAUACAUCGUGAGCGGAUCUGAGAACCAGUGCAUUUAUAUAUGGAAGACGCAUCACGAUUACUCUAAAUUUUCAAGCGUCAGGCGCGAUCGAAAUGACUUUUGGGAGGGAAUAAAGGCACACAAUGCGGUUGUAACGUGUGCCGUAUUCGCGCCAAAUCCAGAUAUCAUUAUAAAACAAAUUGAAACUCGCGAGCAGUGGGAAGGAGGAAUAGAUUCAAAGAGCGUGAUCGAUGGACCAAGUGCAACGACCGUAGACCCUGUUGUAGAACAAAGAACGAAGGGAUGUGGCGGUCACGUUUUAGUUAGCGCAGAUUUUAACGGAUACAUCAAAGUGUUCCUGAAUAAAACUAAACCAAAGCACAGUUCGCUGCCAGCUUCUGCGUUAGCAUAACCGAAAAUUUCACCCAACAAAUUCCAAGCUACUCUAAUUGUUGCUUUUCAUCUUUUAUAGCAGUCAGUAAUUAGCUUUGUUAUAAUUUAUUUAAAAAAAUGCAGUCAGUUGUUACCCAGUUCAAUGUUAAAGCAUCUUUCUUGGUUACCAAAAAUGAAUUCUGUUUUACCAAUAACUUGAGAUGCGUGGAAAGAUCUUGCUAAUACGGUAACAAGUCGAUUUUCUCAUAUCCUAGUCUAGAAUGAUCAUGAAAUAAGAAUUUGGUUCGACUGACACAAGCGCACAGUAAUAGACGGUGGAUUUUGUUUAAUUUUUUUUUUUUUUUGUUCUCUUUUAAUCAACAAAUGGUACGCACUCGUUAAUGAAUUGCUUUUAUAGGAUGAUUUUUGUAUGGUUAUUUAAAUCACUGAAACAUUUAUAAAACACUGCAUUGGUACCUAUGUAAAAAUGACGCUACGUAUUUUUAAAACAUGUAUACUCCUAAUUUGCAUAGACUCGAAUUUUUUUUACCCUUAAAAUUUAUAGCUAUAAAUUUUUGAACAUUAAUUAUUUUGAAUUUACAGAGGUUGGGCAAUGAAGUGAUAAGAUUUUAUUUUCGUACAAACUUUUGUACGAAAAUGCACCAUACUGUUUAGCACCAAAUCGCAUUAAUUGCAGUGGUGGUCGUUCCGUGCCAUAUAUAUACACCUAAGUAAAUGUAAUGAGCAGGCUUUUUAAUAUUUUUUUAACAAACGAUAUAUCCUGCUUAAAUAUAAUUUACCGCAAAUCUGUAUAAUCGUUUUGCAUAUUAGAUUAUUAGAGAAAUAUAUAAUUAAUUUAUAGUCAUUGUCGACGAGCUCUAUCAUCUUGCCUCAUAAUUUUACUGUACAUGUAUGAGAGAUGCGAAUUGUAAUAUAUACCUAUACGGGGAAAAAAUAAAUAAAAGAAUUAGCUUUCCGUUGCUUUUUAUUGGUCCACAAAGCACUCAAGUUGCAGGUAUGGAUUUCUGUGAGAAUAAUAUAUUUUUAAUAUAAACACACACAGGAACACAUAAACAUCAAACUGUAAAAUUUAGUAGUGUGUUCUCAUUCAUUAGUUAGAAAAAUAAAAACCAAAUAAGCAUGUGUGUUGUCUGUGUUGAAGAAUGUCACGAAUGCAAUGUAUAAAAUUAAAAAAAAAAAAUAAUAAAACAGUGUAGUCAAUACCUAUCUAUGAUAUUAUAUGGAUAUGAAAAAUGUAAGGUUUGAAAAAAAUUUUUAAUCGUGGAUGUAUAUUGUAGAAAAAAAAAUUAACACCAAUUCGAAGCUAUUGUUAAAUAACUUGAACGAGUUGAAGCGUAGGGUACAGCUAUAAGGCAGUCAAAAUAUUGAAAAAUUACGUUACACUUGUUAUUUUGACGUUUAUGCGAAACACUGAUUGAAAAUAAUAUAUUUAUAUUCUUAGAGAUGAAAAUAAAUCUAUAGAUCAUCGGGAGGGAACAAGAUCGAUCAGAUUAAUUGUUCAAACAAAUCUUCAAUUCCAUACAGUAUAUCAACCGUGUUAAUUUUAAUACUAUAUAGAGAAUUUCCUCAUACAUCUUAUUGUAUCUAGAUGAUUUACAAACUCACUAAUAUGAUAUUUAAAGCUGUGCCUUUGAAAUGUAUUAAACAAUAGGUAGAUAUAUUUAGCGUGACAAUACACGUGUGGCAAGAUAUUUUAUUUAAGGCGAAUGUGAAAUUAUUGUCAACGUAAAGUUCAUUUGCAAUCAUAGAAAUAUCAUUCAAGUGCAGUACAACUAGCAAAAGGAACAAAAAAAUGAAUUGAAAAUAAGUUAAGAGCCAUUGUAAUGUCGUAGAUUCAAUAACAAAAUUUUUUCUUUUCAGAUUAUGGUAGACGUAUAAGUAUAAAAGUUUAUGUAUAAUUGUAAAUAUUCGAAACAACUAAUGAGAAAUUAUGCAAUUGUUCCACAUAAAAUUAGUGCGUAUAUGAUACAUACCUAUACAGUCAAAGUAAAAAUGUAUUGACAAAAAAAAACAACGAAAAAAUGAAAAAAAAAUCAUGCUUGAAUCAGCACAAAUGCAUAUAAUAAAUGAAAAUUUCUUACCA